CUGAGUCUGCUCGAAGGCCCCUGCAGGAUGAAGGCUCUCUCCCUCCUCCUUCUCCCUGUCCUGGGGAUGCUGGUGUGUGGCAGGCUGCUGUGUCCUGUGGAUGAAGCUAUUGAUAAGAAAAUCCAGGAUGUCACCAGCUCCCUAAUUCUUGAGACGAUGAAAAACAUUGAUCUGUACUGUCGGAGUGUCACCUCCAGGGGCGACCUGGUCACCUGCCCCACAGGCUUCGUUGUCACUGGCUGCACGUGUGGCUCUGCCUGUGGCUCGUGGGAUGUGCGCGCAGAGAGAACCUGCCACUGCCAGUGCGCGGGCAUAGACUGGACGGGAGCACGUUGCUGUCGUAUGCUGGCCAGCGGCUGAAGUCACGUGGCAUGGGGGCGUGGCCAGGCCUCGGAGGGGCGAGUCUAGGCUUCGGAGGGCGGGGCUGGAAAUAAACA